UUGUCGAAUGGGGUAUCAUUUUGAGAUCAAGGCCAAAGCGGACCAUCAUGAGGCGCUGGAUACUAAGAAUGCUCUUCCUUCUCGGCACUGCUAACCGUAUGGGCUCGAUGCGGCUCCAGUGCUCCAAACAGUAUUGCUAUCUGUACGAUCUUACCACGAGCGAAGAUACGUUCACGUAUCAGUACAUUCCGCAAAACGUCGAAGUGCUGUGCAUCGAGAAUACGGUGAUGGAGCACAUUGAUCACGCGAUACUGGAGGGUGUGCCAAGCACUAUCCAGGAGGUGAUCGUAACCAACUCGUUCGCACUGAGGUGGAUCAGUGUUCCGCGGGCCGUAAAAAGUAUGAUGAUAACUUCUACCAAUCUAAGAAGGAUGGAUAUCGAAGCGAACAGUUCGUUGAGCUAUUUGGCUGUAUCGGUGUGUGAUCUGGUGAAGGUACCGGACUCUAUCAAACAUGCCCGCGGCCUAGGAUGGCUGUACAUAACAUCGUGCAAGCUGCAGGGCCUGAAUAUGGCGAGUUUGUGCGAUAACGUGCGGCUGGGCGUUCUCAGCUUGAUGAGGAACAAGAUCCGCUACGUGGUGAACACGUCCACGAGGCAUUGCGGCGUAUACGAUGCGCUUGCCAGUGUAACGCUGUCGGAAAACCUGCUCACCACAGUCAGCAUGGAGCUGUUCAAUGUGCUAGUUCGGAUGGAUGGUUUGUAUCUGCAGAACAACCGAAUAAGAACGCUUGCUGGACAGUUGAUACACGGCGCACUGGCCGAGCUACGGAUGGACGGAAACAAACUAUCGAGUGUAGAUCUGUGCGGAUGGACCGUACCAUCGCUGGCCAGCCUUAUGUUAGACCGCAACAAUCUAACGGCCGUGCCACUGUGUGUCAAUAAUUUCACAAACACCUCCCUUCUUACCAUGCGCUCUAAUCGAUUGUCCAACUUUACCAUCGAGAGUGUUGCCGGUAUGAGCAGUUUGCGUAAGUUAGAUUUAUCGUGCAACACGCUAAAGACGGUUAUGUUGAGCACGGCCCAUUUUCCGGCCGAUCUAGAAAUGCUGAACAUUGAUUACAACAAUCUAGAAGCACUGGAUCUGUCCUUUGUACCGGUACGUUCGUUGGAGGUGCACGUUUCUUAUAAUCUAAUUUCCAGCUUCGAUGCCUGCGGUGCGUCACGCAACGUUUCCCAGCUGUUAAUGUACGAUAAUUUGAUUGUCUGUGCGUGGCACACGUCCUCGGUGCGGGAGCGUGAUCGGUGCAAUAAGACGGACGGAUCUGUUCGUCGUUUGCAUAACGAGCACCACCGUGAGGUCUGCUAUGGUUAG